AUGGAGAUAAAGAGGAGGGAACAUGUUUCAUCAGUCCACCAGUGUCUAAGCGUGAGCUUCCACGUCUCUCUCAUGGUACGUUGUGCUAAACAGGCAAGCCGAAUCUCGAAGAAGCUUAAACUCAAAGGACGUCCGAAGGAGCUUUUGACGACUUUAAGCAACAAGGCGAAGAAGAGUUUGGCUGGUCGGAAGAAAAAAGCUUACGACGGCUGUGGAGAUACACAAGCAAAGACGGUGAUGGAGGAGGAAGAGGAAGAAGACGGAAUUUGGCAGAGAAAGAUUUUAAUGGGAGACAAAUGUGAGCCGUUGUGUCAUUCCGGCGUGAUCUUCUACGAUUGUAGUGGAAAUCAAGUAGAGGAACUGCCUCCAAGAUCGCCAUGUUCCAUAUGGGUGCCGGAACGGCCGAGGCGUUCGUAUGUUGGGUCGAUGUUAAGUUCGACGGAUAAGGACUUUGAUUGA